AUGGGUAUGCUUCACACUUUGGAGCUGGAUAAUUUCAAAUCCUACAAAGGACAUCAGGUUAUUGGUCCGUUCUACCAGUUCACUGCGAUUAUUGGGCCAAAUGGAUCAGGUAAAUCAAACUUGAUGGAUGCGAUUUGCUUCGUGCUGGGCGAAAGGUCCAACAAUUUGCGGGUUCGAAAGCUUAUGGAUCUCAUUCAUGGUGCUCCUAUCAACAAACCUGUAGCCACCAAAUGUUCCGUAACAAUGAACUACAGAGAUGACAAGGGGGAAAUAAGAAAGUACUGCCGAGCGGUUCAUGGUUCAACAAGUGAAUUUCGAAUUGAUGGCAAAGUUGUGACUCCUCAAGUCUACAAUGCGGAGAUGGAGGAAAUCAAGAUUUUCAUCAAGGCGAAGAAUUUUUUGGUUUACCAAGGACAAAUUGAACAAAUUGCCAUGAAGAAUCCAAAGGAGCGCACGGCUCUUUUUGAAGAGAUUUCCCGAUCUUGCGAGUUCCAAGCCGAAUACGACAAGUUGAAGACGGAUUUGACGAAAGCUGAAGAGGACACACAGCAAAACAUGAACAAGAGAAGAGGAAUCGCCCAGGAAAAGAAAGAAGCAAAGAUGGAAAAGGAUGAAGCCGAAAAAUAUCAGCACAUGAAAGAUGAAUUGGAAGAAAAACAAAAGCGAAUGUUCUUAUUUGAAUUGUUCCAUAUUGAGCGACAAGCUGAGGAGGCUAAAGAGGAACUGCGUGCUAAAAAGGUUGAUGUCAAUGCUCUGAAAGAGAAGCAAGAGAAUUUGGAAGACGUGUCGACUACCAAGCAAAAGUCACUGAAGAAAGCUACUCGGGAUUAUCAUCGUCUUGACAAAGAAUCUGCUGACAAGGAGAAAGAAGUCACAGAUCAGCGCACUCGUUUCGUUCAAGCCAAACAAGAGCAACUCCAUUGUCAGAAGAAGCACGAGACUGCCAAGAAAACGCUCAAUGCUGCUCAGAAAAUGGCUGACAAUUUUAAUGAACAAGAAUCGACGCUCAAGAAGAAAUUCAAGCAACUUCAAAAGGACAGGGCCAGUGCUGAGGAAGAGCUUCGAAGUCAAUCACAAGAAAUGGACUUGCAGCUUAGUGAUACACAGACUAAUGAAUAUAAUCGACUUCGUGCUGAGACUGUCAAGCGUUCGGCUCAAUUUGAUCAAAAGCUUACAGAAAAACGAAUGAUCUUGGAUACGGAACGAUCUACUCUUCAGUAUGAAAAAGGCCGCUUGAAAGAAUGGGAGGAGAAAGUGAAGAGAAAGGAAACUGAAAUUGAGCGACAGAAGAAACAAGUGGACAUACUUGAGGAGACAAAACAUAAUCAAGCUUCCUUGUUGCAAGAUGAAAAGACCUCAUUGGUACUCAUUGAGAAGCAAGUCCGCGACAGUCGUGAUAAAUUGGAAACGUUGGGCAUCGAGCUUCAUGAAGUCUCCAAACAACUUUCGGAUGCUCACGGGGAAACUCAAGAAAAUGAACGAUCUCGUCGUCGACAAGAAGCCAUCGACAAUCUGAAACGAGUCUUUCCAGACAAGGUAUUUGGCCGUUUAAUCGAACUCUGCCAUCCGUCUCAUAAACGUUUCAAUCUUGCCGUCACAAAAGUGCUCGCCAAGCAUAUGAACUCGAUCGUUUGCGACACGGACACGACGGCGAUGGACGCGAUUCAAUAUCUCAAGGAGCAACGAUAUCCGCAAGAAACGUUUUUGCCAUCAAAUUACAUUGAAGUCCAACCGAUCAAUGAGAAACUGCGUGAAUUGAAGGAUCCAGCCGGUGUCAAGCUUGUUUUUGAUGUCAUUACGUGCACCAAUCCAGCAGCAAGAAAAGCCCUCCAACACGCUUGUGGAAAUGCGCUCAUUUGUGAAAAUUCUGAUGAUGCAAAAUAUCUUGCUUACGGACAUGCUGGUGGUGGAGAACGAUACAAGGCUGUGGCACUUGAUGGAACUCUCUUUCAACAGAGUGGAAUCAUUUCUGGUGGUGGAGCUGAUCUUAAGCAGAAAGCCAAGAAAUGGGAUGAGAAUGCGAUGAGGAAGUUGAAGGAUCGCCGUGGACAACUUAACGAUGAGAUUAACGUUAUCAAUCGCAGCAAGAAGCGUGAGAACGAUGUCGAUCAGAAGAGGACACAAAUUGCCAACUUAGUUCACCGCAUGGAGUACACUGAGAAAGAACUGGCAAGGACUCGAAGGGAGGGCACUGAGCAGCUGGAACAACAACUAGAAGUUCUUCGUUCAGAGCUUGACUCUAUUCCACCAAAGAUUGAAGAACUUGAAGAAAAGAUUGAGCACACAAGAAAGGAAUUGGAGGCUUUGGAGAAAAAGGCCAAUGCUGUUGCUGAUGAGGUGUUUGCUGGCUUUUGCAAACAACUUGGAAUUCCAAAUAUUCGCGUGUACGAAGAGCGUGAGAUGCGUUUCCAACAAGAACGUGAAGCUACCUUAAAGAAGUUCGAUACUGAAAUGGAUCGUGUGCAAAAUGAACUCGAAUUCUUGAAGAGUGAGGAUAAAUCUCAGCGAUUGAAGUCUGAACAAGAUAAGGUGAAAAAGUUGAGCACCGAAUUGGAGGCACUACAAAAACGUGAAGACAAAGAGGAAAAGUCGCUGCAACGACUUGAGAAAGAAUUAGAGGAUCUCAAGAUGAAGGUGCUUGCGAAGAAAAAUGAGUUGGAUGAAGCUGAAGCGGAGCUAGGUGCGGCGAAGAAAGAAGCUCAAGGUGCUCACCGUGAAGUUACACAAGCUGAAAAGACGGUACUUGGCCUGGAGAAUGAAGUUUCGCGAAAACAACAUGAACGACAUCGUCUUCUGCAUGACGCGAAAAUUCAACAGAUCCGACUUCCCCUUAGCGCUGGAUCUCUGGCUGACAUUGAUGCCGAAGAUGACGAGGAUGAUGAUGACUCGCAAAAUGGUGCAGGGCCCUCUCAAAUUUCUCAAGAACAACUGGACAGAGAGACAAAGAUUCGACUCAAUUACAAAGAGUUGCCAUCAGAUUUGCGAAAGGUAGAAGAAGAGGAAGAUGUGCGCCGUGCCAAAGAGAAAAUGGAAGUAGAAAUGGCUGAUUUGCACAAGAUGAUCGGUAGACUCGCUGCACCAAAUCUGAAAGCAAAUCAAAGGAUGGACGAAGUGAAGGAAAAGGAGGCAGAAGCUGGUAACGAGUUCGAGAAUGCCCGCAAAAAGGCCAAGAAAAUUCGGACACAAUUCGAGAAGGUCAAAACGGAACGCUAUCGCCGCUUCCAAGAGUGUUUUGACCCCGUUUCACAGAAGAUCGAUGAGAUUUACAAGGCUCUCUCACGAAAUCAAUCAGCACAAGCGUUUUUGGGAGCCGACAACAUGGAAGAGCCAUACUUGGAGGGAAUCCAAUACAACUGUGUUGCGCCAGGGAAACGUUUCCGACCAAUGGACAACUUAUCUGGAGGAGAGAAGACGGUUGCUGCGUUGGCUUUACUCUUUGCAAUGCAUGCUCGAAAUCCUUCACCGUUCUUUGUGUUGGAUGAGAUUGAUGCCGCUCUUGACAAUACAAACAUUGGAAAGGUUGCCCAAUUCAUCUGUGACACAGCAAAGAAUGAUGUACAGUUAAUUGUGAUCUCGCUCAAGGAGGAGUUCUAUAACAAGGCCGACGCACUAGUUGGAAUCUUUCCAGAGCCAGCAAAUUGCACCGUAUCCGGGGUGGUCACUAUGGAUCUCACAAAAUUCAAGAUUGGAGGUGGCGGCAACGACACCACGCUUUUGCAUGAGCACCUAUUGGUUCAAGAACUUUUGCGGGAUCAGGCAGACAGAUUUCGAGCUCUUGAAGGCUUGUCACUUUUGGUUUCACAGCUUAUUCGCAUUCAGGUUCCAAAUCCGGGCGCCGAGUUCUGCAUUCAUGUCACGUUGCGGAGCGUACAAACUGGUGCCCUUCUUGGAUCGGUGCUCGGUCCCAUCUCGUUUGCGCUCUUUUCUGACGGACAAAAGUUCGAUGCACGCCAGAUGAGGAAUCAAUUUAUUUCGGGAGGAAUGCAAGGUGCUUUAAUCGGGGCAAUUCUUGGACCAUGCCUCACUUGGUACUCGAUUCGCAAUAUGAGCACCAUCGCCCUGUAUGACAAAUGCUACAAGCUGAGAUUCAACUCUCAACAAAUGUGGCUGGAUCGAACGACGGUGAUUUCAGGAGCGGUCGGCGCGUUGUCGAACGGAAGUUUCGGGUUCAUCGUCGGACUCGAUCUUGCGCUCGUCUUCAGCAGUCUCAUGGGCAAAGCUUGGUCU